CGCAUGGGAUAGUCACAAGUCGGUAGCGAUGUGAGUCGGACGCUGCCGCCCGUUACUCUUGUGCGCCGAGCGCUCUUUCGCGCGACUGCGGAUUUGAAAUUGGAACAAACCGCGGCUGACCCUCUCUUACUUUCGCGCCACCGAUUCUCCGUCUCCCUCUGUUUCUAUGUAAUUGAAUGUCAUUGAUACGCGCCCAAUGUUUUUGUUGUGAUAUCGAGUGGAUUUUGGAGAUACACUCCAGUCAGCUGAUUCGAAGUUUACUGAUGUGCGGAGCUACCAUGCUGCUGAGGUGAUGCCGCUGCUGCAGACCGCGGGGCACCCCGCCGCCAGCGUCACAGACUCCACCGCCACGCGGUACGGAGUCGCAGUGCUAGGGGCCUGGGCGGCUGAGUUCGUAACAUACCCGUUUGACCUGACGAAGACAAGACUGCAGGUUCAGUCGGAAGUAGCAACGGCUAAACAUGGAUUCAAGUUGGAGAACCACGGCAUGGUCAAAACGGCCAUGGGUAUAGCCAAACAGGAGGGGGUGUUGAAGCUAUGGUCUGGCCUACUACCGAUGUUCCAACGUCACGCGAUGUACUCGGGAUGCCGGCUCAUAUUCUACGAGCAUUUCCGGGAGCACCUCAAGGACGAAAAUGGGAAGAUGUCGCUCGCUGCUGCGUCUUUAGGUGGCGUCGGCGCCGGUGCUCUCGCCCAGUUCAUAGCGUCGCCCACGGACCUGGUGAAAGUCCAGAUGCAGACGGAGGGCCGGCGACUGCUGCAGGGCAAGCCGGCGCGCUUCGCCAACUGCCGCCAGGUCUACUCCAUGCUGUACAAGGAGAGUGGCGUACUGGGAUUCUGGAGAGGAGCAGUACCCAACGUCCAACGCGCGGCACUCGUCAACAUGGGUGACCUAGCGGCAUACGACUGCACCAAGCAGCUGCUAGUCCAGGAACUGGGGAUGCCCGACAACCUGAUAGUCCACAUCGCCGCCGCGUCAGCUGCGGGGCUGGUCGCCGCGAUAGUUGGCACACCCGCUGACGUCCUCAAAACCAGGCUCAUGAACCAACCUGUUGGGCCUGAUGGACGGGGCCAGAUCUACCGCGGCAUGAUCGACUGCCUCCAACAGUCGAUCCGGAACGAAGGUCUCAUGUCCCUAUACAAGGGCUUCCUCCCCCUGUGGAUGAGGCUCGGACCCUGGGCGCUUAUUAACUGGAUCGCCUUUGAGAACAUCAUGUUAGCUAUCGGAGGACGCACGUUUUAGUUCCUUAAUCUGGGCGAUUAAAAAAGUUUAACGUCAUAAAUUUGACGUUUGUACUUUUUAAGUCACAAUUUAAAAAGUUGUAAUGUCAAAAUUUUGACAUUCAAACUUUUUAAUCACAACCAUAGAUGAAAACUAUUCUGAUAUCUAAUUUUACUUAGAAUACGGGAGACAUUAAUAAUAUCUAAGUUAAAUUUGCGCAUGGGUAUUUAUAAUGUGAUUGGUACUUAGUUAAAUUUUUCCUUAGUCUAUGGUUAAAUACAAGUGUACUUAUACAUCAACUGUAGGCAAUAUAAUACAUCCAUAACAUAACUUGGGCCUGUUUCGCAAUUGACUAAUAAGUUAUAGCUAAUUACUUACUAUCAGAAUAACAACAAGAACAAUUAUUAUAGUUUUGUCUCUGUCACUCAGUAUAUUAUAAAAAUUAAGACACCAAACUUUCGGAUGAAUUAUUAUCAUUCGUUCUUAUGUAAUUGUAAAACAGGGCCUUGUUGCAUUUUAUGAAUUGCUGAAAGAGAAUAUAUAAGUACAUAGAUUAAUGAACAGAAAGAAAGUUUU